AUGUCGGCCCCUUCCAAAAAAGAAAUCCUGCACAUUCUGUCAACACCAUCUCCCAGAGAACCACCUCAAACAAGCAUCCUCCGUCAACACGCCUACAAUCUCAUCUCCCAGAGCGACGACACCACCACCACCGGCACCACCAGCACCACCAGCAAUAAGAACAACAGCAAUAACAACAAUCUCAACUCCCUCCCCAACACCAUUCACGAACUCCUCACAACAACAUUAAAACCACUAUUCACACCCACGAAACACCCCUCCCUGACCUCAACGGGCCGGAAAAACCUCCUAUCUUCCCCCACCCCCGCUCUAGGCUCUUCACUGACGCGGUUCCACGGAUUCGCGAACGACGACGAACUCGCCAUCAAACCAUGGAAAGCAGCGCCCUUCACCGUCCCUCUCCUCCACUACAUCCUGGGAAGCUAUGCAUCUCUGCCGGACCACGCACAAAGGAAAGCGGCCAUCGAAGCACAUUUCUUCCUCCUGGUCCCGCCGUUGCUCAACAUGAUCGACGACCAUGACUCGCGGUAUAAAGCCGCAGGAUGCAGUCUGGUGCGAGAGCUCUGCGAGGUGCUGCGGUCCGCGGCGAGCGACAUGCUCCAGCGCACGGGGCUGGGCGAGGUGUUUGCGGAUGCGCUCCGGGCGAAUUUCCUCAUGUUGCCGCCGCUGACGCCGGAGGGGGAGAGUCUCGACGUGUUGGGGGAGUUGUAUCCUGCUUUUUUGGCGCUUGUGGAUGCUAGGUUUGGGAAGAGUGACGAUGACGGUAAAGUUGAAGUUGAAGUUGAAGUUGAUGUUAUUGCUCCUACGAGCACGAAGAAUCCUCCUACGCAGGUCACUUCGAACACUAAGAAUCCUACUACACCUGCCAUCACGAACACCACGGAUGCGACGACAACCAAGCGUCCGAACGCUGGCGUUGGAAGCGAAACCUCAGAUAUGGGAACAAGACACCAACGCCAACACCAACAAACACAAACCGACAUCCGACCUCAUCCUGAUCCUCGCGACAAACAACUUCGCCUGUCCCUCCUAACGACCCUCUACCGCCACGGCAUCUCCGCAUCCCUGGCCCACCUCGCGUCUUCAGCUUCGGGAUCCCUCAGCUCAAGCACAUCUCCAAUGCUAACAACAUACCUGCUCACCCAGAUUCCACCGGUCUUCAACCGUCUCGGCAUCACCAGUGUCAAACAUUUCCAAACGCUGCUUCCGACCCUGCGUGUUUCGCUGAUGGAUCCGUUUAUUUUGGUGGCGCCGGCAAUGCCAAUGCCGAUACCGCAGAAAAGGGAAAGAGGGAUGAAUGGAAAGCCAACGACAACGACAACGCCAAUGACAAUGGUACAAGCGAUCUUGGAUGUCUUACAGUGUGUCAUAAGGGUCGGUGCCCCGCGGGUUCGGGAUAAAUGGUAUCCCGAGAUCUUGAGGGGCGUUGUGGGAUGUUGGUGUAAUUGCGUCGAUGAAUUGCAUGGUGACGAUGGUGAUUCCAAAAUUGAGGACAACGGAACGGAUCCGGCGACUUCGACUGUUACCCUGAAGACUAGUGGAGAGGAUGAAAAUGGCACUGCGACGGAGAGGCUCGCUGGAGAAGAUGAAAGUGUCAGGAGCAAAAACAAGACCAAUAUCGCCACCAAAGAUGAUAUCAAGGCUAAAGAGAUCAGAAAAGUUAUGGUCCGCUUGCAGGAUGUGGUUCGAUCGCUCGGCAAAAUCAUCCCGCAUGAGGAAUGGGACGAUGUGCUGAAACGGUUGAUUGCCGAGGAAAAGGAUUUGAGGGGGUUGUUUGGAAUAUCUCCUUGA